UUUUGUCCCUCCUCCCACGCCGUACAGGGCAACCGAAAAACGUGCUAUGUUGUGACUGAAUGAGACCUCGGUUCUCUGAAACAAUUUAACUUCAUUUGAGCGCACAUUAAGGCGCAGACAGACGGUAUCAUUUCUCUAAAGUCCACAUGGGUUUUACUUUGUAGUCGCUAUAGCUUUUAAACUCCUUACAGCCCUACUUUUUUUACUCGGCGGAGUAACCUAAAACAGCACAGAAGCGCUGCUUGUGGAGCUUAGGUAGUGAAAGCCUCGCUGCUAACAUGUCUGCUGCUGUGUCCAACGACAGAAAGCGGGGGAAGAAGCGGUACGGAGGGGGUCACGGCAACAAGAGAUGGAAAGGCUCCCGGGAGCUGGAGGUGGGCAUGCAGGGGAUCCUCAUCACAUGCAACAUGAACGAGAGGAAGUGCACGGCGGAGGCCUUCAACCUGCUCAAUGAGUACGCAGACCAGCUGUAUGGGCCCGAGAAGUUGCAGGAGAAAAACGGGAGCAGCAGUGACGGGGAGGCCGAGGAAGAAGAUGUGGACGUAGCGCUGAAGAAGGAGGUGGCACAGCUCAAAGCUUCUGGAGCCAAACGGGAGAGACGCUUCAUGGCUUUGGACAGCGGAGCAAACAAUGUCAUCUUCAUCAAAACUCAAAAUCUAGAAGCUGACAAGUUGGUUCAUCUCAUCCUGUCUGAUCUCCAUACCACCAAGAAGCACAAGUCACGUGUGAUCCUGCGGAUGCUGCCAGUAACUGGGACAUGCAAAGCGUUCCAGGAGGACAUGGUGAAAUACCUGACAACUUUCCUGGAGCCUUGGUUCAAAACCCCGAACUGCGGCACCUACCAGAUCGCCUUCAAGGCCCGCAACAGCAGCCACAACAAGAGGGACGAAAUCAUCAAAACCAUUGCAGGCAUGGUGGGGAUGCUUAACCCAAAGAACAAAGUUGAUUUGACUAACCCAGAACUGACAAUCGUUGUGGAGGUCAUCAAAGCGGUGUGUUGCCUCAGUGUGGUAAAAGACUAUUCACUGUACAGGAAGUACAAUGUCCAGGAAGUAGUUAAAGAGGACACGCCAAAGCCUGAUGCAGAAACGGAAACAAAUACACCUGGGGAGAAGGACAAAAAGGAUGAAAAGGAGACGAACAAGGAGGAGAAAAAGGAGACGAACAAGGAGGAGAAAAAGGAUGAAGAGGAGAAGAAGAAAGGUGAAGAAGACAAUGACAACAAUGUGCCACAUGACAAGAAGGAGGAUGAAGGUGACAGGGAGUAAAGGAGCUCAUAUUCAAAGAAGAGUUUUGUCAUUUCUAAAAAGAAACCAUCAUCUUACGUUGCAUUAUAUUGUAGUGCUUCUGUUUUUUUUUUAAUGACUGAAACUACUCAACAAGAGAAGUACAGAAUCCUAACGUAAUUUAAUUUUUAAAAAUAUUUAAAAAAAAGAUAUCUAUGAUACGUUAGUACCGACUUUAUUGAAAAAAAGGUUUUGAAUGAACUGUACAUGUCACCAUUCUGCAGCGUUGCUGCCAUCAGCUUACAGUUUUUAAUGCUGAAUUCGAUUUGUAAGUUAUGGUUUUUGACAUUUUUACUCAAAGAAUAAAGGGUUUUGUUCAGGUUAACUGGUCUCACAUCUAGUAACUGUGUUUUUUGUUGCUGUUAUUUCCCAAAGCAGUCCGUAAAUUAAAGUUACAUGUGUGUGUUCUAC